CGGCUCCCUCCCUCAGCAGCCCCUUGGCGGUCACCGGCGGGGUUAGGCCGCCUCGUCAGCGAGCCGGGCGCGCCCGCCCCUCCGCCCCCUCGCCCCGCGCCGCUCGGGCUCGCCCCCCUCCCUCCCCCCGGCUACCAUGAGCGACCAAGAGAGCCCCGAGGAGAUGGUGCCGGUGAAGCCCGAGAAGGGCGAAGGAGAUGCCAACAGUAACAGCAGUGGAGGCGGUGGGGAGGCCCAGGAAUCCCAGCCUUCCCCCUUGGCUCUGCUGGCAGCCACCUGCAGCAGGAUUGAGUCUCCCAACGAGAAUUCCAACAGCUCCCAGGGCCAACAAGGCGGGAGCGGCGAGUUGGACCUGACAGCGGCCGCUGCUCAGAUUGCCCAGUCAGCUAAUGGGUGGCAAAUCAUUUCCACUGGUUCCAGCACCCCAACCCCUUCCAAGGAACAGGGCAGCAACGGCAGCAACGGCGGAGACGCCUCCAAGAGCCGCCCCGUCAGCGCUGGGCAGUACGUGGUCACCACGGCUUCCAACCUGCAGAACCAGCAGGUGCUGACGGGUCUCCCCGGGGUUAUCCCCAACAUCCAGUACCAGGUCAUCCCCCAGUUCCAAACCAUCGACGGGCAGCAGCUCCAGUUUGCCGCCACCACCACCCCUGCCCAGGUUAACGUGCAGCAGGAUGCUUCGGGGCAGCUGCAGAUCAUCCCGGGCAGCAACCAGCAGAUCAUCACGAGCCGAGCGGGGACGAGUAACCUCAUCGCCAUGCCCAACCUGCUGCAGCAGGCAGUGCCCAUCCAGGGCGUGGGCUUGGCCAACAACAGCCUCUCAGGGCAAACCCAGUACGUGGCCAACGUCCCAGUGGCUCUCAACGGCAACAUCACCUUGUUGCCAGUUAACAGCGUGGCAGCCAGCUUGGCGCCCACCUCUCAGACGGUGACGCUGAGCGGCUCUGGGUCCCCUGAGAGCAGCUCUCAGCCUUCCACCUCGGGCUCUGCCAUCAGUUCCACCAACACAGCCACGUCCCACGCCAGCUCGGGCGCCUUUUUCACCAAUGCCAACAGUUUCUCCACCACCACCACCACCAGUAACAUGGGCAUCAUGAAUUUCUCCAGCAGCCCCACGGUGGGGAGCAACGUGCAGGCGCAGACGCCCCAGAGGGUCAGCGGCGUGCAGAGCUCGGACUCUCUGCAGAGCCAAGUUUCAGGGGUGGCUUUGCAGUCGGGGCAGCAAAAGGAAGGGGAUCAGAACCAACAAUCGCAACAGCAACAGCAAAUCUUGAUCCAACCCCAGUUAGUCCAAGGAGGUCAAACCAUCCAGGCCCUCCAGAGCACCCCUCUGCCCGGGCAGACCUUUGCCACUCAAGCCAUCUCCCAGGACGCCCUGCAGAACCUGCAGCUCCAGGCCGUCCCCAACUCGGGGCCCAUCAUCAUCCGAACGCCCACGGUCGGGCCCAACGGCCAAGUGAGCUGGCAAACCAUCCAGGUCCAAAACCUUCAGGUUCAGAACCCCCAGGCCCAGACAAUCACCUUGGCCCCCAUGCAAGGAGUUUCUCUGGGGCAGACGGGCAGCACCAGCACCACCCUCACCCCCAUCGCCUCCCUCCCCAGCGGCACCGUCACGGUCAACGCCGCUCAGCUCUCCUCCGUGCCGGGCCUCCAGACUAUUAACCUCAGUGCCUUGGGAGCCUCUGGGAUCCAGGUUCACCAGCUGCAAGGGCUACCACUGGCCAUAGCCAACACUGCUGGGGAGCACAGUGGCCAGCUGGGCCUCCACGGAGCCGGCGGCGACACGCUGGGGGACGAGGCUGCGGGAGUGGAGGAGGGAGAGACCAGCCCCGACCCCCAGCCCCAGCAGGGCCGGAAGGUGCGGAGGGAAGCGUGUACCUGUCCCUACUGCAAGGACAGCGAGGGCAGGAGCUCUGGCGAUCCAGGGAAAAAAAAGCAGCACAUCUGCCACAUCCCGGGCUGUGGGAAGGUGUACGGGAAAACCUCCCACCUGCGGGCACACCUGCGGUGGCACACGGGCGAGAGGCCCUUCAUCUGCACCUGGAUCCUCUGCGGCAAGCGCUUCACCCGCUCCGACGAGCUGCAGCGGCACAAGCGCACGCACACGGGGGAGAAGAAAUUCGCCUGCCCGGAGUGUCCCAAACGCUUCAUGCGCAGCGACCACCUCUCCAAACACAUCAAGACCCACCAAAACAAGAAAGGAGGCGGCACGGCCACCGCGGUGGCCAUGAACGUCUCGGCCGUCCCCAUGGACACGGGGGCCUCGGCGGAGGGGAACGGCGCGGCCACCCCUUCGGCCCUCAUCGCUACCAACAUGGUGGCCAUGGAAGCCAUUUGCCCCGAGGGCAUCGCCCGCCUGGCCAGCAGCGGCAUCAACGUCAUGCAAGUGGCCGACCUCCAGUCCAUCAACAUCAGCGGCAACGGCUUCUGAGGGCCAGGUGGCCACGCGGGGCGACGGAGCCGGGCGGGCACCGGGGGUGGGUGGGGAGCGGGAAGGGCCCCGUGAGGGCGGGAAACGACGCCCUCAGAGCCGGCGGCCAUUUUGUCAGCGUGGAGGGCGAGGAAGCCGCGUCCCUCCCGACCCCCAGCACACCCCCCAGCACUAAACCUCCCCCCUCCCCACAUUGGCAGCCACGGCCCUCGGCGAGCAGGCCCACCCCGGGGCUCGGUGGCCACAGGCCAAGGCCAGAGCUAUAUAUAUAUAUUUUUUAAUUUUG